AUGGUUUGUAGGCUUUGCUUAACCGAAAACGAUGGAAAAUAUCGUUCAUUAUACAAAGAAUAUCUAAUUUGUGGCAGAAAAACAAAGUUUGCUGAGCUACUGAUUGAAUGCAUCCCUAUGCUUGAAACAUAUUUGAACAACGAAAAACAGGAUAAAUUUUCUAAAAUAAUAUGCAGCAAAUGCUGUCUGCGGUUAAAACAGUUUGUUCGUUUUCGCAGUAAAUGUUUAGAAUCAAAUGACAAACUAAAAUUGGAAUCUCAAUUAAGCAUUAACUCUAUACCUAAAGAGAAAGAAAGUGCGAAUAAUAUUUCGUUAAAAGAUACCUUUAUUGCACCCUUACUGACUGAAAAUGCAAUAAAACCAGUCGAAAAUACUGUUUUAAAUGCGGAUGUAGAAGAAAAGUUAGAUACUUUGGAGGUCGAUGGAAAUUUAAACAAAAACUUUCAAUGCGAAUAUUGCCACAAGACGCUGAGCACCAGCAAAUCCUAUCGAUGCCAUCUACAGUUACAUUCCCAGGAAUCGACAUUUCUCUGUAACCGCUGUGGCGAACGGUUCAAAACUAAAAUGGCUUAUACGGGCCACAUGAAUACACACAAUCCGGAAAAGUAUCGGUGCGAUACUUGCGGUAAAAGCUACCGGCAGGCAGCGUCGCUUCGGAAUCAUCAACUCAACCACCGACAGGAGAAACCGUUUAGCUGUUCCGUUUGUGGUCACUCGACGACCCAGAAGAGUGGCCUCAAAAAGCACAUGCUUACUCACUCCGGCAUUAAGGCGUUCGUGUGUGACCUGUGCGGGGAACAUUUCCGCUUUUCGAGCAACCUAAUCAUGCACAAACGACGAAAACAUUCGCACGAGAAAAAGUUUACCUGCGAAAGCUGCGCGAAGGGAUUCGUUUCCAGGGAGGAACUGAUCAAUCAUAGCGCCUGCCACACGGAUGACCGGCCGUUCGAGUGCGAUCUUUGCGGGAAAAACUUCAACCGAAAGAGUUCGCUCAAUUUCCAUCGGAAGCACAAGCAUUCCGUACUGGCGCCAAUUGCUUGUCACGUGUGCGGCCGUGGCUUCUCGCAGAAGGUGUCACUGCAAAAUCACCUGCGAACGCAUGUAUUGAUGGAUUAG